AUGGAUGAGGAAGUUCUUGUAGAAAAUAACCAAGGAGAGUCAGUGACUAAGUGUCUCCAAUGGGGUGUUGGCAUCACUGUUGUCGUCACUUGCAUCGCAGGCCUCUUGAUUGUUUAUUUUGUCAAUCCAUCGAACACGGCCAAAACAAUUAACAUAUUUUCCAUUAGUGAUUUACAAAUAGAUCCACUAUAUAAUGCUUAUUCAACAGAUGUUUCUUCUCUUUGCCGCGGAAAUAAUAAUUCAGAAAUCGCAAAUAACUUUGGUCAAUAUGGUUGCAACACGCCUGAAGGUACCUUGGAUAGUAUGGUAAACUAUGCCGUCAAAAAUAAGCUGAAACCAACCUUCAUUCUCCUUGGUGGCGACAAUAUCGCUGAUUCUCUUGAUUAUUCUCGUGAGGAUAAUGAUAAAUUACAAUCUAGAAUCAUCAGCAAACUCCAAACUGCGUUUCCGAAAAUCCCAAUCUAUCCUAUAAUCGGUAGUACAGAAUUUUCAACAAAAUUUGGACAAUUUUCCACAGAUUCCACUGACCUUAAGGCAUUAAAUAGUGUUUUGGGUGUAUCUCUCACAGAUUCAGAGAAGGAAACCUUCAUGAAAGGCGGAUAUUUCGCUCAUGAUUUUCCAAAGUUCAAUGUCCGCAUAUUAUUCCUUAACACAGCCAUAUACUCAGCAUCUAGAUCAUUCAACAGCUCCGAAACCGAUCCUUACGGCCAGUUCCAGUUCAUUUUAGAUCAAGGUGAAGAAGCAGCGAAGAAAAACAUUGGAAUUGGUGCAAUUAUGUACUUACCACCAAUAACAAACUCAACUACAUUCCCAAAUGGCAUGCAUUCCGAGUAUUCCACCAAAUUAAUUAAUUUAUUCAACCAAACUAACUUCAAAUUCAUAAUUUCAGGAUAUACACAUACAGACUCUAUAUUCCCUGUAUACUCUAACAGUACACAGUCUUAUGUUAUGACAAAUCCAUCUGUUUCACCACUUUUUGGAAAUAAUCCAGGCUUCAGAAUGUUAAGAAUUCGUGCAGGAGUUUUGGAAGAUUUUGAUCAGUAUUACUUCGAUAUUUCAAGGAAAGAUUCACAAUGGAAUAAAGAAUACACAUUCACAAACUCAUAUUCAGUCAAAUCAGCAUCACCAGACAGUGUUGGAAAAGCAAUUGACUGGGUAAUGACAACUGGAGAAGGAAGAUGGACAUUUAGAGAGAGAACUUUCGUCAGAGCGAAAACAGAUGAUGAUUUGUACUACUGCUUACUAUCUAGUAAGUCAAUGCAAGCAUCUGUUAACUGUGUAAAUUAA